AUGUUUUACUUCUGCUGCAUCUGCUUUAUCGUCGGCAAUUGUUUCGGUUUGGCGUCUCAAUGUGGUGACUCAGCCAUUGAAUUAAACGGGGAGCUUGGACGACCUUUUACUUUUGAAAAAGUGGUUCUGAAAAAUGGAUCUGAAACCCUGACGCUGCAGAGGACCAAUAAAAACCAAAGAAAUAUCCUACUGACCUACAGUCAGACUUCCAGAGAGCCCAGAUUAUCACCUGAUGGAAGAUACAGAUACAAUAUGGAGAACUCUUCUUUUGAGAUUCUGGAGCUCCAGAGGGAGGAUAAAGGGAUGUACGAGAUAAGGGUCGCCCAUGGCAGCAUAGAAACAUUUUGUAAAUAUGACCUCAAAGUUUACGAGAAGAUUAAUAAUGUGAUGGUCAACGUAACCCACAGCCUCCAGAAUGACACCUGCAUUGUCACCAUGGACUGUGUGCCGCAGACUGGGGACAAUAUGACCUUCAGCUGGACUGAGGACCAGAAGGAUUUACACUACAACAACAACAGUUUACUUAUUCGGAUCCCAAAGGACAACGCGACCAGAAACUACUCCUGCCGAGCCGAGAACCCAGUCAGCUCAGGUUCUAGUGAGGUCAACCUAAUGGAGAUAUGCAGCAAGACACCAGCUGCAAGUGUAAAUUAUUAUGGCCUCAUCUAUUUGAUCACUGGUGUGUUGGCGGGAAUCUUGUUCAUUGCGAUUGUGGGAGUCUUGAUGAGAAAAAGAUUCAACCGAAAAAUAGGUAAACACAGCAUGCAUCCUCCACAAAUGCCUCCUCCACCAAAUCCAGCCUCGCAUACUAUACCGACUCCAACUAUGAACACAGUGUAUGCGGCAGUCCAGAAAAAAGAGAUGGGUAUAACAAGGCCGAAUGAAGUUCCUUCAGAGCCGGUGAGGCAAGUAGCUCUCACGUUGUAUGACAGAGUCCGGAGACCAGAGAGUGAAGAUAACCCCUCCACGGUUUAUGAGCUGGCCGGUCCCAUCAGAAUGGCUCAAUGA